CCAUGCUUGACUUAAACAACGUCCAACGUCACAAAAUGGUAGAUAAUUUUUUGGUAUUUAAUCCCCUUUGUGAUUAAUAUUGAAGUAAAUAUAAAAGUUCCGGAUUCAAAGAUCUUCUGUUAUGAGUUAAACUGGGGCGAGAAAGCGAUAUUCCCCAAGAAAUUCGUUUAACAUGUGUGAUGCAUGUUCAGAUUUUCUACAACUUCUUGUUUCCUAUGAAUCCCAGUUCUGCAGAGAAACUAAUGAACAACCUAUACUAACCAAUAGAGAUGUGGAUGCUGUAUUUGUGUAUGUUCAAACCUGGCCAACUAGGCAAUGCAUGUGCUGUUACCGAGACCCAAAAAAUUUGGAACGUUUCAGUUAUGUUACUCAGGGUCUCAUUUAUAUGGCAACUAGUCAGUUGAAAAUUCUAGCAGAUAAAAGUGCAGAAGUUGAGACAACAAUUGACAGUAAUGCAAAUCAACAGACCAAAAGCAAGCCAUGUGAGGAAGAAAAAGAAAAUCCAGAAGUAAUUGAAAGGGAUAAACUGUUGAUAUUAGUUUCUAAAAUAUUUCUCCUGAAUUUCCCUUUAUAUGUAGCCUACAAGCACACUAUUCAGGCAAAACUAGAUGAGUUGACUCAACAGGAAAUGCAAAAUCUCAAUUUAUUCUGUGAUUUACAUGAUUCAGAAAUCCCAAUUUAUCUCCUGAAAAAUGUUAGCUGGUUUUGCAAAAUGGGAGGACUUUUAGCUAUGACAACUUGUUUCACCCAACUUUCUCCAGAGAUGCUUCCUGUUUCCACUGCACAUGCCAUGAUAUCCAUUGUGUGUAAUUUGAAGCUGUGGAUGAAUUACAAGAGCAUGGUAUCAAUGCUUGUACCCUUAAGAUCAUGUGUAUUACGUUAUAUGUGCAAACUCUCAGACCAAGAUCUGCGCACUCCCACAAUCAAAAGCAUGGCAGAUUUCAUGUGGAAUGCCAUAAAAGACCCCUUGGAUUCUCCAGUAGCUUUUGAUGCAGAUGGGUUAGAUCUGGCAUUCAAAUAUUUCACAUCUAGUACCCUAACAAUGCGCCUUGCUGGUAUAACACAAAUCAAUAAUCAGAUUGGGGUUUUGGCUGAGAUUUGUGUAGGUGAAUCUCUACCAGAAGCAGAAGCAGCUCCUAGACAUAUGGCAGAUUGGUUAAUAAACAACAAUAUAAUAUCUCAUAUUUUUGGACCUAAUUUACAUGUGGAGGUUAUUAAACAAAGUCACAUUAUCCUAAAUUUUCUUGCCAUGGAAGGUAGAAUUACUUGUGAACACAUGGACGUUAUUUGGGCUGCAGCACAACUGAAACAUUGCUCAAAACCAGUGCAUGAUCUUUUACCUGGACUUGUUAAACAUUUAGCUGCUGCUCCAACACUGCAUUUGUACAGUCUUCUUACUAAAUUGGAACCAAAAGACCAUUCUGAACAGACAUUAUAUUUGGCAUCAGCUCUGAUAAAAGCGUUAUGGUCCAGGAGUGGUGGGGUUCCAGAUGUGGGAUUGAUUAAUGUUGCACCUCCUACUGCUGGAAUAGCUCUGCAGAAAUGUACCACUUCUUCUGAGAACAGUGUCAGUUUAGAUCCUUUCAAUUCAGAAGAGGAACAUGGUGACAGUUCAGCUCAAUCGGAAAGCCAUAAAAGCGAUAGCGAAGAACUGGAGGGCGUGGAAAUCGACGAAGACGAGAACGGGCAGGUGGGCGGGGAAAAUGUCGGCCCGCCCCCUUGCAAAUUGGCCCGCAAACAAGUGUCAGAGCGAGUACAUUGUGACGGUAGCAGUACUGACACGGAGUUAGAUGGUAUUCCAAUAAAAACACCAACCAAACCCAAAUGGCCUAAUGUGAAAAUGAAAUCUGGAAAAAGAGCUCAUGUUCGUAAAAAAAUUCUGGCCAACAUGAACAUUUUGCCGGAAAGUGUUGAAGUAGCUGCCACAAGUACUUCUCAGGAUGAGGCGGACAUUGAAGACUCUCCUGCUAAACUCAGAAAAAGAAGAAAAUUAUUGAGAAAAACAAGAGUGAAAAGGCAAAAGGGCAGUCAUAAACGAAUUACGAGGGUGACCGGUAUGGAAACAAUGAGCGAAAUUGAUGCUGACAGCGAUCAUGAUAUGAAAGAUCAGUUGAAAAAUAUAACGAACGCCGUUCUGGUGCUGCCUUCCCAUAUAAACAAACUGAUGGAUGUUAUCAACAAACCGGCUGUCUAUCUGGAAGAAAGCUCUUCUUGUAGCGAACUUGGCAAAGAGAGCCAUGAAGAAGUGUGUCCAAAUUUUUUGUCAUCACAUUCUAAAGCAGGGCACAUCUUAGAAAUGUUGAGCGGGGAAGAGGCAGAAGUUGAAGGAGAUGCGGAGGGCAGCUACUCUUCACGCAUGAGCAAUAAAUCUGAGAAAAAUAUGGCCGAUUUCGAUGGAGAAGAUUCUGUUUGUGAAGAUGAACUGGCAAGACUGGCCGAACAUGCAAGUAUGAACAUUCACGUUUUUAGUCAUUCUCCUGACAGUCCAGAUAAAUCACCAAUGAGAGUAGAUCCUAGACUCUCGGCAUGUUUCAAAGUAGAUAAUGUAUGUCAACCUGGAAAUACUUUACUUUGGGAUCUACUGCAAGAUGAAAAGAUUUGCCAGCUAGGAGAAGGUUUGGCUCUGGAAGCUGAAAAAACCCUUUGCAAUUUGAUCUGUUACACUCCUGAUAAAGAAAUUCGAAUGAAAUUCAUUGAAGGUUGCCUCAAUAACUUGGCCAACAAUGUGUCGGUUGUAGUUUCUCUUCGAAUGCUACCUAAACUGCUGACGUCUUUUCGAGGUUUAGACAUGCACCAGGUGACCCACUGGGCAGAGCGGCAACAUCACAUGAUGACGCACUUCUUCAACAAUCUGAAAGUGUACACAGCCGAUCCGAACAAGUCGCUACUGCUCUACAGCCAUCAGAUGCAGAUUCAAGUCAGGCUCCAUUUUUUAUCGGCAGUCUUCUCUCCUGUUGUGUCACCAAACAAUUUCAAAUUGAGCAUCGACCAGGUGGACACCCUCUGGCAAUGCCUGGCCCGCGACCCCGAGUGCGCCGACGAACUGUUCAGCUGGCUGCUCUCCCAGACGAAGACCGCCGAUCUGCACGCCCUCAAGAUCGACGCGCUGCGCCGGCUCUACGUGCACCACCUGCCCAGCCUGCCGCCCGAGCGCUUCAGCAUGAUCUGCCUCGGCCUGUUCCAGCAGCUGUGCAGCCUGAACAACUUCCUGGCCGGCGGCGAGGGGGGCGGCUCGAACGGCGAGAAUCAGAAUGUGGGGAUGGAUCAUAUGUGGAAGAUCGCGCUCAAGGCUUGUAAUACAGAAGUAAGUAUGGCUGCAAUUCAGUACAUAAACAGCUACUAUAUGGGUCACAACUUGCAAUUCGAAGGACAGUUCGUUUGGCAGUGUAUGACUCACUUGAAAGCUGCGUCUGAGGACUUGACAUCUUCGAUCGGCACAGAAGAAGCUCCUCUGUUAUGCAUACAGAGGGCGUUACUUUUGAUGAAAACGCACAUUGAAACUUUUCGUAGAAGGUAUGCUUUUCAUCUGAGGAAGUGGGCGUUGGAAGGUAAAGGUAUAGGCAGCCAUUCCGCAGCUUUGAGCGAUAGGCCUAGUACUCAAAUAAGGCUUAUCGUGCAGUCUGGCAGUUCCUCGGAGAGAUGCUUCCUAGAUUUGCUCAGUACUGAUUAUAUUGCCGAUCUCAGAGCUGAGAUUGUCAAAUGGUGUGAGGGAUUACAGCAGAUGAAGACGGAAACCAAUGAAAAUACGAAGACAAAAGCAGGCGAUACAUGGAUUCGCAUCAUAACUCAAGGCCAGGAACUAAGCAUCGAAAAUGAUGAAAAGACACUAGCAGAAAUGGGAUUCAAAGAUAAUCAGAUGAUUUACAUUUCAGUGGGAAUGUCGAGAAACAUGAAAAAGAGAGAAUGUUUGGACGCUCCCUCUUUACAUCCUCCACCACCGAGGGAAUGUCUGCCUACUCUUCUUCUUCUACAACCAAGCUACUUUGAACAGUUGUUUUCUCUGAUGCAUACUUUGAGUUCAAUGAAGAUUCAAGUCAAAGGAGGACGUCACAUACCGCACACGAAGGCUCAAGUGCUCAGCAGGCGAGUGUGGGACAUCUUGAGCCUGCUUCCGACCAGUCCGAAGCUGUUGCGCGGCUUCAAGAAUCUCGACACCCCGCUGUCGGACGUUUUGGACCCGACGAGCGCCCAAAAACUGAUGUACUCGUUGUAUAUCAUCGAAUCGCUCAGCGUGAAGACGAACCAAGGAAAAUAUGCGGACGAUAUCGAGGAGGACGGCGAAUGUUGGGCGAGGAAAUUUGUGCAACAUGGCGGGUUAAGUCACUUGUUUGAUAUUUUCAUGUCAGGAGUGCUGGAAAGAGAUGGCGGAGACGGCAGCGACUGGCAACAGGACUGUCUGGCCUCCCUCCUGAAGAUCCUCUGCCACUUGGGAGUGGACUCGGUGGCGCAGGAAGCGAGGUCGCGCAACGAGAAGAUAGUGAUACCGAAUCUGAACGAGGCGCUGCUGUCGUUGAUCAACACCAAAUCGUUGAUGUCGCAGAUCACGAGCAUAUUAGAGGAGGCGUCCAGGCCGAAGGAUCUCAACCACUACAAGACGGGGUUUUGGGGUAGGGCGCAAGUUGUGCACUACGCUUUGGCUUUGUUGGUGUCCUGGUUGCACUGUUGCGAAGAAGCGAGACUGGAGCUGUUUCAGACUUCCAAUUUUCCUGAUUGGUUGCAAAGAUUGGUAUUGGAGGACCCCGAACCGGCAGUACGUCGCGAAGUAUGCUCCGCCAUCUACCGACUCUGCUUAGGAGUAUCUCCGUCCCGAGAAUCCGCCGAAAACACUCUGAUAGCCCCCAUGCUGUCCCAACUGCUCACCUAUCUGGACAAGGCCGAAAUCAUGCGCCCCCAGAAACUGGAGGUCCUGCAAGCGCCCGAAGAGGGCAAAGAGCCAUACGGCCCCGCGUGCCGCGAUUACUUCUGGCUGGUGUCCAGGCUGGUGGACAGCUUGCCCGAUGAUUUGGUCAAGGACAGCUUGGACGACCCGCAGAAUUGCGUGGUGGACAUCAACGGCUUGACAGGCAAGCUCGCUCGGUCGGUGCUCACGCGGGACUACCUCGAGACCAGGCAUCGCACCGUGGACGAUGACGGUCUCAUCGGGCUGUUGAACCUGAUCACCAACCUGCUGAAGCACCGGCCGCCCUUCCAGACCAGCAAAGAGGGGCAGGACUUGCUGCUGGAGGUGUUCGAGUUCCUGUUCGCGCUGCCCAAUCCGAAGUUGAGGCACGUGCCGAAAUGCAAGAGUCCGCGGUCGAGGACGGCUGCUUUCGAUCUGCUGGUGGAGCUCGUUAAAGGCUCCCCCGAAAACUACGCCAUCCUGCACGACAAACUCCUCAAGCAACAUCAGCCCACCGCCGGCUCGCCCCACCCCUGGGACUAUUGGCCGCACGAGGACGGCCGGUCGGAGUGCGGCUACGUCGGCCUCACCAACCUCGGCGCCACCUGUUACAUGGCCUCCUGCAUGCAGCACCUCUACAUGAUGCCGCAGGCGAGGGGGGCGAUUCUGGGCACCGGUACCGAUCGCGCGGAGCACGAACCCACGCUCAGGGAACUCCAGCGGAUGUUCGCGUACUUGCUGGAGAGUGAACGUAAGGCGUACAACCCGCGGAGCUUCUGCAAGGUGUACACGAUGGACCACCAGCCGCUGAACACUGCCGAGCAGAAGGACAUGGCGGAGUUCUUCAUCGAUUUGGUGAGCAAGCUGGAGGAAAUGACGCCGGCGCUGAAGGAUGUCGUGAAGACGCUGUUCUGCGGCGUGAUCAGCAACAAUGUGGUGUCUUUGGAUUGCGAGCACGUCAGCAGGACGUUGGAGGAGUUCUACACUGUCAGGUGCCAAGUGGCCGACAUGCGCAACAUCUACGAAUCUCUCGACGAGGUGACCGUCAAAGACACCCUUGAAGGCGACAACAUGUACACGUGCUCGCAAUGCGGCAAGAAAGUGCGCGCCGAGAAGCGCGCCUGCUUCAAGAAGCUGCCGCACAUCCUCUGCUUCAACACCAUGCGGUACACGUUCAACAUGCUGACCAUGCUCAAGGAGAAGGUCAACACGCACUUUUCGUUUCCGCUGCGCCUGAAUAUGGCUGGGUACGUGGAGAAGCAGCUGAUGCCGCAGCAGUACCAGGAGGAGAAGCAGAAGAACGCCGAGUUGGAGGUGGAACAGCUGGAGUACGAUCUCAUAGGUGUCACCGUCCAUACGGGCACAGCGGACGGCGGCCAUUACUACAGCUUCAUCAAGGACCGCUCGGCCGGCGCCCGAGACAAGUGGUACCUCUUCAACGAUGCCGAGGUGAAGCCGUUCGACCCCGACCAGAUAGCGGCCGAGUGCUUCGGCGGCGAGAUGACCAGCAAGACGUACGACAGCGUCGCCGACAAGUUCAUGGACUUCAGCUUCGAGAAGACGAACAGUGCGUACAUGCUGUUCUACGAGCGCGGCGGCAGGAUAGGGGAGGCGGGGAGGGACAGGAGCGGGUCGACGGCGGGGGAAUGCGGGGAGGCAGCCAGGACGCCGUCGCCGCCGCCUGUACCGGUGAUCGAACUGAACAAGGAGCUGGAAGACUGGAUAUGGCAGGACAACAUGCACUUCAUCCAGGACAAGAACAUCUUCGAGCACACCUACUUCAACUUCAUGUGGCAGAUAUGCGGCUACAUCCCGCAGACCGUGCUGCCCGUCGAGCCGAACGCGACGCAGAAGGCCGCCCAGCUGUCGACGACGUUCUUCAUCGAGACGUUCAUCCACGCCAAGGAGAAGCCGACGAUGGUGCAGUGGGUGGAGCUGGUCACGAAGCAGUUCAACGCGUGCCGGGAGGCGUGUGUGUGGUUCUUGGACCAUAUGGCGCAGGACACCUGGUGGCCCGUUCAGGUAUUGCUGAAAUGCCCUAACCAGAUGGUGAGGCAAAUGUUCCAAAGGCUGUGCAUCCACGUGAUACAGAGACUGAAACAGUCCCACUCAAAACUCUACCUAGAAGCGAACGACACCCCCGAAUCGACAGAGGACAAGCCGUCGGACCCUUCGACCAUCGGCAACUCUUCGUGCGUCACCAGGUUCAUCAAAACUUUGCUGUCGCUGAUGGAACACGGUGCCAAGGCGCACUUGAAGCACCUGACCGAGUACUUCGGGUUCCUCUACGAGUUCAGCAAAAUGGGUGAGGAGGAAUCGAAGUUCCUUCUCGCUGUGGGCGCCAUCAACGCCAUGGUGCACUUCUAUCUCGGCCAAAAAGUGAACGAUUUCGUGGACGUGUCGGAGGGCGAGGAAGAAGAAGAGGUUGUCCCCCUGCCGACCGACAAAUACAAACCAGGCUCUUUGGACAAGAUGGUGACGCUGAUCGCCUACCUGGUGGAGAAGAGUCGGGAUGCGGAGAUGAAUCUCCAGUUGAGCGAGAAGGAUUACAACGCGAUCGCCGGGGGUAAAGGGUUCACUUUUCUGUACCAGCAGAUCAAGGAUAAUAUCAAUUUGCAGCAGACGAGGAAUUUGGUGCAUUCUCUUUGUAGGGAGAAUAAUCAGCUGGCGCAGUCUAUCAUUUGCAUGAUAUCUCAGGCGAUAUCCAGGAACACUGAGGGCUGCCAACCGUUCUUCAAAAUCCUCACUCUUCUCACCGAAACCAAUCAAAAUUUGACGGCUUCGUCCACUCAACCGUGCUUCACCCAACUGGUGCUGCAGAAAGUCUGGGACGCGGCCGAAUGCUGUCCUUACUCCGCUUUGGAUUGGCUGGCUUUGCAAGUCACCAGGAACAGGAUGGUCCAUUCCUGGGUGCUCGGGUCCAUGGAUUCCUGGUUGGAACACUUUCUCAUCGCCCAUAGCAAUCAGCGAGUCAGGAAUACCGCCGGCUACCUCCUGGUCUCCCUCGUCCCCAGCUCCGCCUUUCGGCAGGGCUUCAGGGCCACCCAUCGCUCCAGCCGCGAGCCGCAGCUCUCCGCCGAGGCGCAGGCCGUGCUACACCAGAUCUACGCGGCGCUGCUUCGGCUGCUGCCCGCCGCCAAGCACUACACCGACAUGCAGCAGCACGGUACCACGAAGUUGACCACGUACUUCGCGCUGAUGAUGUACUGCUGCAUAUCGAGGACCGAGAAGUUGCUGUUUGGGCAAUAUUUCAUUCAGCUAUGGCAUUUGUUCCAUCCCAAAUUGUCGGAACCAUCGAUUCCAGCCUAUCACAACAAACAAACUCUUCUGGCUUUCUGGAAUCACGUGUGCACUGAUUGUCCAGAAAAUGUGCAGUUGAUGCUCCAAAACGCUCAUGUUACGAAGAAUAUCGCAUUCAAUUAUAUUCUAGCUGAUCACGAUGAUCAAGAAAUUGUCAUGUAUAAUCGUGCAAUGUUGCCUGCCUAUUAUGGCCUGUUGCGGAUGAUGUGCCAACAGUCCAGGGUAUUCACUAGAAGUCUGGCGCAGCAUCAGAAUUUGCAGUGGGCCUUCAAAAAUAUCACACCCCAUCCCACUCAGUACCCCCAAGCUGUAGAAGAAUUGUUCAAACUCAUGCAGUUGAUGGUGAUGAAGUAUCCAGAUACUACGGAAUCGGAACAGAGAGAAAUUUAUAGUUUCAGGAAAAAUACGCUUAUGACUUAUUUACAGUGCCUCGAUGGACGUACUAGUUGGGGUACCCUAAUAUCAGCGUUCAGGAUAUUGUUAGAGACGAAUGAUGAUAAACUUUAUGUUGUUUAUAAUGGUGGACUACAAAUAGUUUUCGAGAGUUUUCAGAAUCUCCAUGUGAUGUUGCACGAAGCGACCGCUUGUCAUGUAGUGGGUGAUAUGCUGGACAUUCUCACUAUCAUGCAGGAUUUGAUGCAGUGCAUCCGGAUGUACAGGGACAACAAAGACGCUCGAGGUAUUCUGCUGGCCACCAAAGAUUGGCUAGAGGUGCUCAGGAAGUUGGGUACUCUACUCAACACGUACAAUCCUCCAGAAAUGAGGACGUUGUGUAUAGAUGUACUUAAAGAAUUCGUAGCAAUCAUGACACCAGAGGCGAUGCAAGUACUGGUGCCAUUGCUAUCUCACUGCCAUUCCGCCUUUCAAGAUAGCCAGGACGCUGUUCCUUUGGGGCCGUACUUCCCGAGGAGGGGGCACUCCUUGCCAAUCGUGGCUGGUAAAGGUGGUGCUAGGCCCCUGAGGCCUAUGGUACAGAUGACUGUGCCUCAUAACCAAUUAGAGUGUAGCAGGGGUGUGGAUCCAGAAUACGAUUCGGCCUUAGACAAAUUUUUCACUCCCUAUCAUGACUUCAUUGACAUGAUGUUCAGGUUAGCGGUAAAUAGUGAUUCCGUUCCUGAAGUACUGAUUAAUUUAAGUGCCGUGGUAGGGUUCGAAGCUGUUCCCCUACAUUCAACUUACUUCCCCAAACUUUGGUUAGACAUCUUGAAAACCCAGCACAUAGACCGGAAGUAUAUCAAUAUGCUCACCUCAUGCAAUUAUUUUGUGGAUUAUGUGGAUGCAAUAUUGUUGGAUGAACGAUCAGCUUUGACUGUGGAUAUUAUAUAUGAAUUCCUGCUGGCGUUUUUUCCGAAGGUAUCGGCUCAUGUACUAACAGAACAAACUCUGCGAAUGAUAGACAACACAGUCGUGUCUCUCAGCGAGCAAGUCGGCUCGUUCGACGUUCCCAAAAUGGCGAAAAGGCUAUCGGGCGACAUAAGGGCACUCAUUUUAGUGUACGGCAGCCCGGAAGGCGUACCCCCUCCAUUGCUGCUGAACACCCUCCGGCAGCUGCAGAGCAAAAUCAAAUUAGAAAUUAGCAAAUUGGAUGUCAAAAGGGAUAAGAGUGGUCCAAGUUCUGCAAAAACGGAACCAACUGCUGCAGAUGAAAGCGGUUCGUCCAAGGAACAAGAUCCGUCUAGUGAUAUUACCACGAACUCCAAAAUCAAAAGUGAUAGUGAUUCAGAGACUCAAAGCAGUAGUGAUAAUAGUGUAGAUGAUAAGGGAAAAGUGUUUGGGCCUUUGGAGUGCUUGGAAUUACUCAAUAAGUCCGUGAACGAGCUUAUGGACAUCGUAAAAGGAGAUGUUUGAUCAAUUUUUGGACACACUAAACGGUGACGAGGUCCUGAAACGAGAAAGCCGAUCUAACGUUUCCUGGGGAAAAUCAUUCUUGAGUCCAUGAAUCCGACUUUAAACUUUCUGACCUAACCUAACUGAUGUAUGCACAACAAAAGCAACGUCAUCCAAAAUAAUAUGCGAAUUCGUCAAAAUGUUCUACUUGGAUCGCCUUCUUCGUUGUUAGACCUAUCAAAGGUGUGUUGUGAAUGGUUGUCAUCUUUUCUUCAAGGUUAUUAUAUUCGUAUGUGAAUGUAUUCGCCACUUUGUACAUUGGAAGCUUUAAAUUUGAUUGACUAAGAUAGGUAAGUUUUAUGGUCACGAUAGAAUCAGGGUUUUUUGUAAUAUUGUUUGUUAGAUGUAAAUUGAUUUUUUUAUUUAUUUUCAGAACUUGAUGAAGUAAAAAUAUGUUAUCAUGCUUAUUAUCAUUUACAUAAGACUGUUAAAGUAAAGAACUCCUUUUUGA